GUACCUUACGGCGCGCGAGGCCAGCGAGACCUUCCGGCGUCUUGGCGCGCUGUCGGCCGUUGGCUCGGCGCUCUUCUUCGACGCCAUCUCGGCCAGCUAUGUGCGGCAGGGGAUCGUGGUGGGUGGCGCUCCAUUUCUGGGUGGCUCUGACCGCUACGGUGAUUGGCUAAGAGAUUUGGCCUCUUUUGGAAGCACGCAGGUGUGGGACUUUGCCAGUUUGCAAGUGGAUCGCUGGAACCGGCGACUGAAUAAGGACUGGGCGAGGACCUUGAGCCCAGCCGAACUCUAUGGCCGAAAUGUGGUGCUCUUUGUGGAGAGUCACAAGGUCUAGGCGAUGGUUGUGUAGGUUGUAACUUGUACAUGGGACAAGCCAGUAAACUCAGCAGGGAACUUGAGGAAUUCACCUGAAAUCGUUGGGUUUUGGGCCCCAACUUUGGACAGACCGAAAUUCCUGGAGGGGCGGGGCUUUUGAUCUGCCAAUAUGGCAGGGGCAAUACCAGGGUGGCCGCCAGCACCCUCCAUUCCACACUUGUACUCUUCAAGAGGAUUCCGGACUAGAACAAAAAGUCAUAUUCUACAUCAAUAAAAGGCCUCAGGGGGGUUGUUUUACUUCAAGUCAGAGUUGAAAGCUUCUUGAGGACCUUUCCUUCUUUCCAAGUUGCGGCAAUCGCAAUCGCAUAGCGCUCGAUGAGGCAAUCAGCAUCAGCUAGCCGCUAGCCAUUGUUUGGGUUAGCGAAUUCUCACGACCUCACCAUGACCACACACAAUACACAUUAUGCCAAGUUCUUAGAUUGCCGGCGCCCUCGAGCUCUCGAUUGUUGAAUGGUUGUUCUCCGGGUAACUAGGGGAACGCCUGGCUGCGAUCUGUACAACUUGAGUCGUGCGUAACUGGUUCAUCCUUGGUCGGCAUGACUUGCGAACCCCGCAUGACUUGCGACUUGCAAAAUCCCCACUUUUCAGCCACGGACGGAUACGAACGGCUUCGUCGGCUCAGCAUUUUCGCAACGGCCGCAACGUUGCGAUGUUCAGCGCAGAUACUCUGCAGAUGUAGCUUCUGUACAGACGGCAAACAGGCUACGUUGGCCUGGAAAAAGGGAGGCAUCCCCGGUGCAGUGAAACACGAGUUCGUGAGUGGUCCACUACUCUGUUUGGGUAAGCAUCAUUUGUCUUUGGCAGAUCAGGCCGGUUGCCCCAGAGCGGAGCUGCAGAUGUGUUUCUUACACCAACUCAGCCAAGCCGAUGAUGGUCCUGCUGUGUCAAAGGUCUCCAUGCUUUGCAUUGCCAUUCAGGCUCUGACCGAUGCCUAUGACUCUUUUCUACAUCUUUGCCUCGGAUUGUCCUCACAGUACCUUUUCAACUCGAUGUCCAUGGUGGCUCUCUUCAAAUUUCUCCUUUGCUCGCUUUUGGAGGCCAGAUAUCUGCUGAUCAUCCUAAGGCAUCGACGUCAUGAAGCCUUCUCGGAGGGCUGGGAAAGCGUCCGUCGGGAGGUGUCGUGGUUGUACACGCGUUUCUAUAGUGCUUUGGUGGUCGGCAGCCUCAUGGUGUACAAUUGUCUGGCUUACUUGGAUGUAGUGGUGCUGGUACUGCAGCUCUACUGGGUGCCGCAGAUCGCCUUCGAUGCCUGGCAAGGCUCCAGGAACACCCUGAAGCCGACCUUCAUCACAAGCAUCUCUGCAUCGAGGUUGCUGCUUCCUCUUUACUUGUGGGGCUGUCCGAAGACGAUUUUCACCGGUGAAAUCUACCCGCGACUGCCAGGGGCACAGAGCCUUCGCUGGUGCUUGCUGUUGGUUGGCCUCCAGGCUAUACAGGUUGGCAUCCUGCUACUGCAAAAACGUCUCGGAAAUCGAAGCGGGCUCCGAAUGCGUGAUUUGCAUGGCAGAUCUCAAUCCAGAGGACGGGCUGCGUGUGGUGACCCCCUGCAGUCACAGCUUCCAUCAGGCUUGUUUGGAGCAGUGGAUGGAUGUCAAGAUGGAGUGCCCCACUGGUCAGAUCUUGGUGCCCGACCUGCAGAGCAGUUCUUCCACCUCUUCAGUGAGGGAAAGUGCGCAAAAAAGUUCGCAACAUAUCCGGAGGAAUCAAUCAGACAGGGCUCAAAGAACUCUGGCAGCCGCAAGUUUUCAGCCGCAGCUACUUGCCUGCUCUUCGGCCGUUUCACUGAAGAAAAAAUGCUGCAGUGCACUGCAUCAGCUUGCAGCUUGGAGGACAACACCACCAAUAGGAAACGGACAUUUCAGGCAGAUGUGAGUGAAACUGAAGUUCGCCAGAAACUUCAGCUGAAACUCACUGGCUCAUCUGACGCCAAUGAAACGUGUGGCGUUCGGCCACCCGGCCGGAUCCGAAAGGGAACGGGCCUCCUGUGUGGCAGGCUGACCGAUGCCGAGCUCAGCAAACGCCGGCGCCGCCGGCGCUGGGUUUGGGCCAAACGUGAGAUGGCUCGAUCUGCUGGCUUCUUCAGCGAAGAAGAGAUGAAAGAACGCGACCCACAGCUUUACCAUCGCCUGGUGGGACAAUACGUUGACACCACCGUCAAGUUAUCAGACCCAAUGCAAGGUACUUUGAGCACCUACCUUAUGCAGCAGUUGGAGAGAGAAUGUGAGGCAGAGGUGCUGCAUGUGGGACAUCAUCGAGGCGAUGAAUCCAUGCCUGCGCCGGCCAAAAGGCAGAAAUUGAUUGGGGAUGGAGAAGCUGAUGACUUCACCAACGAGGAUUACUAUGACGUCAGCGAUACGGAGGCUGGUAGCGAUGACUUUGCAGUGAGGCGCGCCAAGUUUCUUAAGGCGAUGCGCGAUCGCUUUGUGGACGGCCUAGAAAGGAAUUUCGAUUACGCCGCGUUGGACGAGAACUCGGACCUGGAUGAUGUCGUGGAAUUGGGCCGAGAUGCAGAGGAAAAGUACUUUGAUGCUGAGUGA